UUCCUGCAUUUUAAAGUUCCCUAUAAAUUAACCAAUAAACGGAACCAACGUUCAUAAAACUAAACCAACUUCGAAGAUCGCUUGUGAUCAAUUGUGCUAAUUCGUUGACUGAAAUGGCUUCCACCUCCUCAGCUGUGAAGCGAUCUGAAAAUAUUGCAGAAACCAUGCCAGACGCACUCAGGGAGAGCCACUUUCAUAUGAAGAAAUGUUUUGCCAGUUUUGUUGGAACGGGGAAAAGGCUAAUAAAGCCCCAGCAUAUAAUGGAGGAGCUGGAAAAAUCGAUAGAAGACAGGCAUGAAAGAAGCAAGGUCUUGGAGGGUUUACUUGGUUACAUCCUCAGUUGCACUCAGGAGGCAGCUGUUGUUCCACCGUAUGUCGCUUUUGCGGUGAGACCGAAUCCCGGUUUCUCAGAAUUUGUUAAGGUGAAUGCAGACGAUCUAGCAGUGGAUGGCAUUUCUGCUACCCAAUACUUGAAGUUCAAAGAAAUGAUCUUUGACGAAAGCUGGGCGAACGAUGAAAAUGCUUUGGAAAUAGACUUUGGAACCAUCGAUUUCUCUACUCCUCGAAUGACGCUUCCUUCUUCGAUCGGAAAUGGACUCAACUUCGUCUUAAAGUUAAUCUCAUCAAGGCUCAGUACUCAUGCCAGCUGCUCCGAUUAUGCUAAACCCCUCCUUGACUACUUAUUACCACUUAAUUAUCACGGAGAGAAUCUUAUGAUCAAUGAAAGUCUGGAUACCGUUGAAAAACUUCAAACUGCAUUGAUCCGAGCAGAAGUACUCGUCUCCACACUUCCAAAAACCACACCAUUCCCGAAUUUUGAGCAAAGGUUUAAAGUGUUGGGUUUUGAGAAAGGAUGGGGAGAUACGGCAGAAAGAGUUGGGGAAACAAUGAGGCUGCUGUCAGAAGUACUCCAAGCGCCAGACUCGGUGAAGUUGGCGUCGUUGUUUAGCAGACUUCCUAACACAUUCAACAUUGUUAUCUUCUCUCCUCACGGCUACUUUGGCCAGUCGAAUGUCCUUGGAUUGCCUGACACGGGUGGCCAGGUGGUUUAUAUUCUUGAUCAAGUGAGAGCCUUGGAGGAAGAGUUGCUCCUCAGAAUAAAACAACAAGGCCUUGCUGUGAAACCUCAGAUUCUUGUGGUGACACGACUUAUACCAGACGCUCGAGGAACAAAAUGCAACCAGGAGUUGGAAGCUGUCAUCGACACUAAGCACUCCCACAUCCUUAGGGUUCCAUUCAGGACAGACAAAGGCGUUCUCCGCCAAUGGGUUUCUCGUUUCGAUAUCUACCCUUAUCUCGAGACAUUUGCACAGGAUGCAACUGCAAAGAUCUUACGACACAUGGAAUGCAAACCAGAUCUCAUAAUUGGGAACUACAGUGAUGGAAACCUGGUGGCCUCUCUGAUUGCUUCUAAACUUGGAAUCACUCAGGGAACGAUUGCGCAUGCGCUAGAAAAGACCAAGUACGAAGAUUCUGACGCCAAAUGGAAGGAAUUUGAUCCAAAAUACCACUUCUCUUGUCAGUUCACAGCUGACAUAAUCUCUAUGAAUUGUGCUGAUUUUGUCAUAACAAGCACAUUUCAAGAAAUUGCCGGAGGCAAGGACCGACCUGGACAGUACGAAAGCCACACAGCAUUUACAAUGCCAGGACUUUAUCGGGUCGUGUCAGGCAUUGAUGUGUUUGAUCCAAAGUUCAACAUUGCUGCCCCUGGUGCUGACCAAUCCGUCUACUUUCCCUACUCCGAGAAACAAAAACGAUUUACCAAGUUUCAACCUGUCAUCGAAGAACUACUCUACACGAAAGAGGAAAACGAUGAGCACAUAGGAUUUUUGGCGGACCAGAAGAAACCGAUCAUAUUCUCAAUGGCAAGGCUGGACACAGUGAAGAACCUCACAGGACUCGUUGAGUGGUUUGGAAAGAACAAGAGGCUGAGGAAUUUGGUCAAUCUUGUAAUCGUUGGGGGAUUCUUCGAUCCAUCUAAAUCCAAAGACAGAGAAGAAAUUGCUGAAAUCAAGAAAUUGCAUGCCUUGGUGCAAGAAUAUCAACUUAGCGGUCAGUUCAGAUGGAUAGCGGCUCAGACUGACAGAUACCGAAAUGGGGAGCUGUACCGGUGCAUUGCAGACACUAAGGGAGCUUUUGUGCAGCCUGCGCUGUACGAAGCGUUCGGUCUCACAGUCAUUGAGGCCAUGAACUGUGGGUUGCCUACAUUUGCAACCAACCAAGGAGGCCCUGCAGAAAUCAUUGUGGAUGGCGUCUCAGGUUUCCAUAUUGAUCCCAACAAUGGUGAUGAAUCCAGCAACAAGAUUGCUGACUUCUUUGAGAAAUGCAAGACGGAUGGCGAAUACUGGAAGAAGAUGUCAGCUGCCGGUCUGCAGCGUAUAAACGAAUGCUAUACAUGGAAGAUAUAUGCAAACAAAGUGUUGAACAUGGGAUCAACUUAUGGAUUUUGGAGGCAGUUGAGAGAUGCACAAAAGUUAGCCAAGGAAACCUACAUUCAUAUGUUUUACAAUCUCCUCUUUAGGAAAUUGGCAAAGAAUGUAGCUGUUCCAAGUGAUGGACACGAACAACCGGCGCCAAAGGCCGUAAUUGCAGCUGUCGACCAACGCACGCCGGCAUCCAAACCUCCGCAGCCAGAAGCAGCACCAACCUUAGCAAUCCCUCAGCUGACACCAAGGGAGAGGGAUGAAGGUGGGGAGCUUAGCCAACCUCGAAGCCACAGCAGAGCACGAUGCCUAUGGAAUUGCUGCUGCGUCAUCCUUGGUCUUCUCAUCAUACUUUAUUACAAGAUUAGGAAUAUGUACAAUUAAGUGUUAAGUGUAUAAAUAAAUUAAAUUUAAAGCGAGAUCAACUCACAAUGAUCAUGUAAAUUCUAUAUUCUCUCCAACUUCCAAUAAAACAAUAAAGAUCAGUUGCAAUA